AUGACAUCAGAUGUCCAUCUAAGAUCAAUGGAUCCUUCUAAUCCUGAGGAACCUUCUGAUAAAUCCCAUACUAUGACUUCAGAUGUCCAUCCAAGUUCUCACAGUGCUGAGAGAUCACCAGAUCCAUCCAAUCCCCAGACAUCUUCUUCAAGCCAUAAGAAGGUUCACACAGGAGAGCGUUCAUUGUCAUGUUCAGAGUGCGGGAAAUCUUUCACUAAAAACAAAAACCUUCGUAGGCACCAGAAAAUUCACACGGCUGAGCGUCCCUUCCAUUGUUCCGAGUGCGGGAAAUCUUUCAUUACAAAAACAUUACUUUUUAAACACCAUAACGUUCACACGGGUGAGUUUUCUUAUUCCUGCUCAGAGUGCGGGAAAUCUUUCGCUUACAAACAACACCUUGUUACACACCAGAAAAGUCACAUUGGUGGGUUUCUUCAUGCAUGUUCAGAGUGUGGGAAAUGUUUUCUUGAUAAAAGACGACUUAUUGUACACCAGAGAAUUCACACAGGCGAGCGUCCUUUUUCAUGUUCAGAGUGCGGGAAAUCUUUUUUUCGAAAAGAUGUACUUGUUAACCACCAGAGAAUUCACACAGGUGAGCGCCCUUAUUUGUGUUCAGAGUGCGGGAAAUCUUUCUCUCGGGCAUCACACCUUGUACAACACAAGCGCGUCCACACAGGUGGGCAUCUUAAAUCAUGUGCAGAGUGCGGGAAAAAUUUCUCUCACAAAGCUCAGCUUACGGAACACCAGAGAACUCACAUAGGUGAGCGUCCUUAUUCAUGUUCAGAGUGCGGGAAACGUUUUUCUCACAAAAAAGGCCUCAUUGAACACCAGAGAAUUCACACAGGUGAGCGCCCUUAUUUGUGUUCAGAGUGCGGGAAAUCUUUCACUCAGGCAGCACAGCUUGUACGACACAAGCGCGUCCACACAGGUGUGCAUCUUAAUUCAUGUUCAGAGUGUGGGAAAUGUUUUCGUGAUAAAGGACAACUUAUUGUACACCAGAGAAUUCACACAGGUGAGCGUCCUUAUUCAUGUUCAGAGUGUGGGAAAUGUUUUCGUGAUAAAGGACAACUUAUUGUACACCAGAGAAGUCACACGGGUGAGCAUCCUUUUUCAUGUUCAGAGUGCGGGAAAGGUUUUAGUGAUAAAGGACAACUUAUUGUACACCAGAGAAGUCACACGGGUGAGCGUCCUUUUUCAUGUUCAGAGUGCGGGAAAUCUUUUUUUCAAAAACAAGUACUUGUUGAACACCAGAGAAUUCACACAGGAGAGCGUCCAUUUUCAUGUUCAGAGUGCGGGAAAAGUUUUCGUGAUAAAGGAAGACUUAUUGUACACCAGAGAAUUCACACAGGAGAGCGUCCAUUUUCAUGUUCAGAGUGCGGGAAAAGGUUUAGUGACAAAGGACAACUUGCUGUACACCAGAGAGAUCACACAGGUGAGCAUCCAUUUUCAUGUGCAGAGUGCGGGAAAAAUUUCUCUCACAAAGCUCAGUUUACUGAACACCAGAGAACUCACACAGGUGAGCGUCCUUAUUCAUGUUCAGAGUGCGGGAAAAGUUUCUCCCACAAAAAAAGCCUUGUUGGACACCAGAGAAUUCACACAGGUGAGAUCCCUUUUUCGUGUUCAGAGUGCGGGAAAUCUUUCACCAGACAAGGAACACUUUUGAGACACCAGAGAAUUCACACAGGUGAGCGUCCUUAUUCGUGUUCAGAGUGCGGGAAAUCUUUCACCAGACAAGCAACACUUUUGUUACACCAGAAACUUCACACAGGUGAGCGUCCUUAUUCGUGUUCAGAGUGCGAGAAAAGUUUCAUUUACAAAACAUCCCUAGUUUUCCAUCAGAAAGUUCACACGGAUAUAGGUCCUCAUUCAUGCUCAGAGUGCGGGAAAUCUUUCACCACAAAAGGAGCACUUUUUACACACCAGAAACUUCACACAGGUGAGCGCCCUUAUUCAUGUACAGAGUGCGGGAAAUCUUUCACUGGGAAAGGACACCUUGAUCGACACAAUAGAGUUCACACAGGAGAGCGCCCUUAUUCAUGUACAGAGUGCGGGAAAUCUUUCACUGGGAAAGGAGACCUUAAUCAUCACAAUAGAGUUCACACAGGAGAGCGCCCUUAUUCAUGUACAGAGUGCGGGAAAUCUUUCACUAGGAAAGGAAACCUUGAUCAACACAAUAGAGUUCACACAGGAGAGCGCCCUUAUUCAUGUUCAGAGUGCGGGAAAUCUUUCACCACAAAAGGAGCACUUUUUACACACCAGAAACUUCACACAGGAGAGCGCCCUUAUUCAUGUACAGAGUGCGGGAAAUCUUUCACUGGAAAAGAACACCUUGUUAAACACCAGAGAGUUCACACGGGUGAACGUCCUUCUUCAUCUUUACAGUGAGGGAAACCUUUCAAUGCAAAGAAUGACCUUCGUAGAUGUCAUAGAAUUCACACUAGUGAACGUCCUCAUUUAUGUUCAGCGUGUGGAAAAUGUUUCAAUUGCAAAACAAUCAACUUGUUGAACACCAGAAAAACUUCAUACUACUGAGCGUCCUUUCCCUUGUUGAGAGAGUGCGGCAAAUGUUUCCUUCAAAGAGAAAAACUUAUUACACACCAGAGAAUACACACGGGUGAACACCCUUAUUUAUGUUCAAUGUGUGGGAAAUGUUUAAUUAGGAAAGAACAUCUCCUUAUACAACAGAAAAUUCUUACAGGUGAGUGCGGGAAAUUUUUCACUUUUUGAAUAUCCGAGAAUCUACACGGUGGGCGUCCUUAUCCAUGUUUACAUUGCGGCAAAUCCUUCAUUCGUAAAAGAGACCUUGUUAUACACCAGAGAACUCACACAGGGGAGGGUCUUUAUUCAUGUUCAGAGUGCGGGAAAUCUGUGAGAAACCAAAAAAAGCCCACAGAUGAGCACCCUUACUCAUGUUCAGGGUGCGGUAAAUGUUUCAUUCACAAAAAAGACCUUGCUGGACACCAGAAAAUUCAUACAGGUGAAUACUCUGAUGAUGGGACAUAACAAGGGAAUACAUGUUACCCCCACGAGCCUCAGAUUCUCCUAGGGAGGGGGUCAGAUAGAGACAAGGGGUGUAUAAUGCUCAUCACAGUACAUCGGGGGGUAUAUGAAAAAUAUUUGCGUUUUUAGGGGUGUGGUUUGACAGAUAUAUAGACAUAAAGAAUAAAUGAAAGAAACGUGGUUCUCGUAUAAAACAGUACUGAGUAAGUCCAAUAUUUACACCGACAGUCCAUGAGAAUUGGCCACCGGUGGUCAAUGGGGAAACAGCACACUUAUAGAAAAUUACAAAGAUUAUUGGUUUCAUAAACACAUUGAGAGGAGCCGGCAGGAGAAGCUACUGCAAAAAGAUGGAAAAGUUGCCUGAAAAUGUAGUGUGGAUGGUGGAGGAGAGAUGACGGUGAAUGUAGUGUGGAUGG